GAAAAAAUAGAGAGCAAGUCUUAUUUUUUCCUUUUUAUUUCUUUUGUCGGGUUUAUUUUAUUUAAUCUUUGUUAGUUUUUCGCUCCUAGGACAGUGACAGAAGCACGCCUCAAGCUAUGUGAAUUCCUUACAAGUGUUCGUGAUAAAGUGUACGUGUUCGUGAUGAAAUGUUAGUGUUCGUUAUGAGAAAGUAUUUUCCAUAAGAUUUCCAACACUGAUUUUAUAAAAGAGGGUGAGUAGGAUGAGAAUCGUCUCAGACUUAAUGUUCCUUCCAACAUUGUUGACGAUAUUCAUAAAGGGAAACAUGAUAGAAUCUUCUGGAAAGCUGAUGGCAAUUUUACUUGUAAAUCAGCUGAACUUUUCUUAAGAAAUGCUAAAAUUUCUACUUUGUCCUCUUAUAAUAUCUGGUACCCAAAAAUGCCCUUUAAAGUGGCCUUUUUUAUGAUGAAGUUAUUGAGAGGUAGAAUCCCUACUGAUGAUAAAGUAAGGAAAUUCAUGUUUGUCCUUCCGGAUGUAACUGCUGCAGAAGCUAUAAGGAAGAGAGUAUUCAACACCUUUUUAUGGAGGGAGAUAUGUCUCAACUGUGAAAAGCAUUUGGUAACUCUUGUAGGAUCAAUUUCAAUAUAUGCUCUAUUAGAGGUGUAGUGAUGCUAUGGUGUCUGGCCAAACCAAAUAACAAAAUUCACGAGACCAUGUACCAGUGCCUCCCUACAUUUGUGAGCUGGGAGAUUUGGAAGACUAGAUGCAAAGCGAGAUUUGAAGGCUCAAAGGUUUCUACUUAUGGAGUUGUAGAACAGGUACUGGACAUUGUUAAUCAGAUAAAACAGAUCAUGGAGAACGACAAUUUUAGAAUAACUCACUAUUUCAGAGAAGCUAAUGAAGUCGCUGAUUUACUAGCCAAUGUUGGAGUCAUGGUGAAACAUGACACAUUUUUCAUUGAAGUUUUUUCUUUGCCCAAACAAGUGAAAAUUGCAUUGAAGAAUGAUCAAGAUGGCAGGCCUAAUCUCAGGAUCAGAAUUAAAAAAAGGACAUUUCAAUUUCUAACAUGUAUUUAUGCACUUUUAUUUUUAGUUGUUUUUACACCUUUCCGGAACAUAUUUUCUCAGAUAUGAGUAUAUCUUUGAGCUACUUCCAAACUUAUAGUCUAUGUAUAGGGCACUUUUUGUACAUGGAUGAAAUUUUCAUCCUUAUUAACCCCUAUAGAGGAAGCACUAUCUUCCAUCCCCUGUAACUAUCUUUUUCUGAUGGAAUGAACAAGUAGGGGUCUACCU